AAUUCGGAUUCACGUCGGAUGGCUGACAUGCAUUGAGCGAUUAUAGUAGAUUAAAGAGCACUGCCUACUGUGAUUGACCGGAUGGUAACCUGCAAUGUUACGCACAUAGUGCAGUGAGUAGAUUGGUGUUGGUGGCGCUGGAAUCUUAUUUUCAAGUUGGGAGAUGGUUACACAACAAGGCUGCGCCGCUAUUUCAUGGCCGACCGAGCGCAUGUUAGGAACAGCACAGUAUGAGCAAGCCAUGCAGACAGUGUAAACAGAGAAUCGUUUGGCUGCUCGUAAUUAGUAUUUCUCGUAUGGUGGGCCAUAGAACAUUUCGCGCCGAUUUUCAAUAAGUCGAUUUCACCACCAAAGAUAGCUAUCAUCAAGAUUCGGCGCACUACUUUCAUUAGGCCAUCAUGAUGACGAGCCGGAAGGGUACCAUUAUCGUGACUGGCGCAAAUGGCCAUCUCGGCAGCGCCAUUGCUCGGCAUAUCGUCUCGUCACCCGAGCUGCAAGCCUACCAUUCUAUCUUCAUAGUCCGAGACGGAUCCGCGACAAACAGCAGACUCACGUCCGCUUUGAAGGCGGGGGGUGAAAAAGCCUCCUACGAGGUCGUUUCUUUGGAUCUCGCGAGCCUCACUAACGUCCGUCAAGUGGCCACUACCAUCAACGGGCGCGUGACUGCUGGAACUAUCCCCCAGAUCCGUGGGCUAGUGCUCAACGCCGCAUUCAUUGAAUUCGAGACCCAGACAUGGGCCGAAGAGGGUGGCUUCGACAUGGCCUUUGUAGCAAACUACCUAGGCCACUGGCUGCUUACAGUGAUGCUGCUGCAGAGCAUAGACCCUGAAACCGGGCGGAUAACAAUCGUCGGGAGUGAUGCGCAUAACCCGGAUGACUGGCUGACCACUACCCUUGGCACAUACAAACACCCGGACGACAAAUGGAGGCCGUUCAUCAGCGGCGAGAACAUUGACCAGAUCGCCUUCGGGACUUGGAGUACUAGGGCAGACGAUCCGAGCACACGCAAUGGUAUGCGUCGCUAUGGGGCAGCCAAAUUUUGUCUGGUCACGAUGAUAAGUGAGCUGCAACGACGUCUAAACUCGGAUCCCCUACUUCAUCGCAUUACCACGGUCGGAGUCGACCCUGGCUCGAUGGCCAGCCCCGAGGGUAUUGCCCGCCGCACCAACUGGUUCGGGCGCAGCAUUGUACACGGCAUCAUUAUGCCGAUCAUGGGGUAUGUCAUGAUGUGGCUUUACCCGGAAUCCAACGGGAAGAUGCGCACGACGGAACGGUCCGCCCGCGACGUCAUGCGCGCCGCAAUGGAUGUUUCGGUGGCUAAGGCGGCCUACUUCGAUGGCACGGCGCCGGCAGAAAGGGCGUCAGAGGCGCAGGAUGUAAGGAAGCGGGAGAUAAUCUGGCGCGACAGCGUGCGCUAUACACAGCUAAGAGAAGGUGAGACAGUGCUUAAGGACUGGAAAUAAUUCAUUGGACGUGGUUUCUCAGUUCUUUGAAAUCGUAACCAAGUCAUUCAAACAUGUCCUUGAGUAAGUUGGGUAGUUAGUUGCUAAAGUAUAGAAUAAUUAAGUU